AUGGAGGCGGUGUUUAAACGAAGUCGGUGUGAUAAGGCCGAUCAAGUGAUGUUCGCUACGGGACAACUCACCUUUCAAGCGAAAGAUUGGUGGGAUGCUUAUAGUAAGGAGGUAGGUGAGGACAAACUUCAGACAAUGACUUGGCAAGAAUUUAAAGAACCCUUCAUGAAGUACCAUUGCCCUCAGUCAGCCAUUGAUAAGAUUCAAGAAGAUUUCUUACACCUCCGACAGAAAAACGAGACGAUAAAUGAGAUAUCUAGUAUUUUCUUGGAUAAGAUGAAGUUUUGUGCGGAAUUUGUGCAAACCAAAAGAAUGAAGAUCAAUCGCUUUUACGGCAUACUGAAGGCAGAAUUCAGGGAAUUCAUCACUCCCUCGAAAUGCGAGACCCUUGAUGAGCUCAUCAAUCUAGCGCGGGAUAGAGAAAUAGAAAUCAAGAGGCAAGAAGAACGUGGUGAAAAGAGACCAAAUGAAAAGAGUGGAAGUUCGACUCCGACUAAAAAGGGGAAGUAUCAAGAGCAAGGAAGAAAGGAUAAGUCGAAGAGUGGUAUCACGCCUUGCAAGACUUGUAGAAAACUUCAUACGGGGGAAUGCUUGUUAGGCAAAAAGGGAUGCUAUAAAUGUGGUAAGGAAGGGCAUUCGUCUUAUCAAUGUCCAAAAAGCCCGAAUACUUGCUUCCAUUGUUUUGAAAAAGGGCACAUCAAAUUGGAAUGCCCAAAGCUCCAGCAAGAGUCAAAAAGGGAAGAUAAGAAGCAGGAGGGUUCUAGGGCUAAAGGAAGGAUGUUCCAAAUUACAUCCGAAGAAGCCAAGUCUCACCCGAAUGUGGUUUCAGGUAUCUUUCUAUUAAACUCCAUACCGGUUUAUGUUUUGUUCGAUACUGGAGCCACUAUGUCAUUUAUUUCGAGUGAAAUUGUACAACAUCCAUCAUUUAAGAUUGAACGAAUGCCAAUGCCCCUAGAAGUAGAAAUAACCGAUAGUAAGGUCUAUAUGAUACAUGAGAUUUGUAGAAAUUGCAAAUUCACCAUAGAAGAUGAGGAAUUCGAUAUUGACCUCAUACCCAUGGUUUUGGGGGAAUUUAAAAUGAUAGUGGGAAUGGAUUGGUUGGCGCGACACCAUGUAGAAAUUAAUUGUGAAAAUAAGACCAUGCUUGUCCAAGCUCCAAAUGGAAGGCAAUUGAGUAUUCAAGGAGAAAGAAAUGUGGAAACCAAAUUGUGCACCCUUGUCCAAGCUUUCAAAUACGUACUUAACGGGAAUAGAGCAUGCCUAGCUUAUGUAAUAGAUACCCGACAAACCCUCCCGAGGCUUGGAGACGUUGAAGUCGUGAAUGAAUUUCCGGAUGUAUUCCCGGAAGAAUUGCCGGGACUUCCUCCCGAAAGGGAGAUAGAGUUUCGCAUCGAAUUAAAUCCGGGUGCGAAGCCAGUUGCGAAGGCUCCCUAUAGACUUGCUCCCACCGAGAUGCGGGAAUUAAUGACACAAUUACAAGAUCUUCUAGAUAAGGGCUUCAUACGCCCAAGGGCGAGUUGGUUCUCUAAGAUAGACCUGCGUUCGGGGUACCAUCAAGUUAGAGUACGGGAAGAAGAUAUUCCAAAGACUGCGUUUAGAACCCGUUACGGGCACUAUGAAUUUCUACUCAUGUCGUUUGGAUUGACGAACGCGCCGGCUGCGUUUAUGGAUCUUAUGAACCGGGUGUGCCGACCCAUGUUAGACAAAUCGGUAAUUGUGUUCAUAGAUGAUAUCUUAGUCUAUUCGCGAAGAAAAGCUGAGCAUGUAAAGCAUUUGCGUGAAGUACUCGAAAUUCUCCGCAAGGAGAAACUUUACGCAAAAUUUCCAAAAUGCGCCUUCUGGCUUAGGGAGGUGCAGUUUCUGGGCCACGUGAUCAAUGCGGAAGGUGUUUUAGUGGAUCCGUCAAAGAUUGAUGCCGAUUUCUCGAAGAUAGCUCUACCCUUAACCAGACUGACGAGAAAGAAAGAAAAGUUUGUAUGGGGCAAGGAACAGGAAGAGGCCUUUCGUAUACUAAAGGAGAAAUUGUCGAGCCCUCCGGUCCUGACGUUGCCAGAUGGGACUGAAGAUCUGGUUGUUUAUUCAGAUGCUUCACAGCAGGGGUUAGGUUGUGUUUUGAUGCAAAGGGGAAAGGUUAUUGCAUAUGCUUCACGGCAACUAAAACCUCAUGAGCGAAGAUGGUUAGAGCUGAUUAAAGACUAUGAUUGCGAUAUCCUUUAUCACCCGGGAAAAGGGAAUGUAGUGGCGGACGCGCUAAGCCGGAAAGGGACUCCACUUUCAAUUCGUGUGAAAUCCAUGAAAAUGAUAGUUACACCACAUCUGCUUGAAAUGAUACGGGAUUCCCAAAGAAAGUCGCUCGAAGCGGAAGAUUUUAAGAAGGAAAGGUUAAAAGGUGUGGCCGAUAAGCUAGAAGAAAACUCGACUGGACUCAAGAUGAGAAAUAGAUUGAAAGCAGCCCAGGAUCGACAAAAAGCUUAUGCAGACAAGAGAAGGCGUCCUAUUGAAUUCCAAGUCGGAGAUUUAGUUCUGCUGAAGGUGUCCCCAUGGAAGGGUAUAAUCCGUUUUCACAAACGGGGUAAGUUAGGUCCUCGUUACAUCGGACUGUUUAAAAUUCUGGCUCGGGUUGGAAGGGUUGCAUAUCGAUUAGAAUUACCGCUUGCUCUAGACGGGAUUCACAAUACCUUCCACGUGUCGCAAUUGAGGAAAUGUCUUGCGGAUGACACAACAUUAGUACCUCUCAAUGACAUCGAGUUGGACGAGGGGUUGAAUUAUGUUGAAAGACCCAUAGCCAUUAAAGACUUCAAGGUGAAGAAUCUCCGCAACAAAGCUGUUAGACAAGUGUUAGUACAAUGGCAGCACCGGAAAGGUUCAGAUCUUACAUGGGAAGCAGAAGACGAAAUGAGGAAACACUAUCCUUUUCUUUUCGGUAUGUCAGGUUCCGGUCAGAAGCCGUCGCCGUCAGAAUCACGGCCACCGCUGUCAGAAUCGCGGCCACCGCCAUCAGAAUCACCUCCACCGCCAUCAGAAUCGCCUCCACCGCCAUCAGAACCGUCUCCACCGCCAUCAGAACCGCCUCCACCGCCAUCAAAAACCGCCAGAACCGUCGCCGCCUCCGUUCUCUUCACCUUCGCGACUAGGGUUUGCUGA